AUGCACCUCACCGCCACCUUCCUCACGCUGGCUUCGGCCAUCUCUGCCGCCAAUGCGCUCUGCUACAAGGGCGGCAGGUCAGGAAAGUACGGCGAGUGGUUGAAGGAGAAAGAUAUCAUCGUGGACACCGAACGUCUCAGCUUCGCAUGCGCCAACCUGGUAGGCCGAGGCGAUGUCAAGUUCAGCGCUUUCGAGACGAGGAGGACUUGUAUGCAACAGGACUUGCGUACCAAAUGGGACUUUGGCAUCAAGAGCAUGAUUGACCCAGGUGGUAACGGCGAAUCGACUUUAUCAAUGGAGGAUUGCAUGAAGAUUCUGGGAAAAGUGGCAUACGGCUGUGAAUAUGGUGGGGAAACUUGGAACAGUGCUUGGUUCGCCAGCUGCAUGGGCUGAGUUAUGCGAGCUCUCUACAGACCCAUCCAUACCUUUCUAUGUCCAGACUAUGCUGGUCUCCUUGACUGUUGAAGAAGAAAACGGCGCUGGGUACAACUUAGUCACCGGCAACUUUGCCUUCUAGUUCAGUCUAAGACUCUGAUGAAACCAUAGUCAGUUAGCAGCGGGGUGUCGCAACUCCAAUUGCAAAGCCCAAAAGCAGUCACCAAGUUAUACGUCAUGUGCGAGUCUUGC